GUACAUGUACGCGCGGUCGGUCGUACAGUACAUGUACGGAUUAACCAAAGCACGUUGGACGUUCGAGUAUGCGUCCCACGUGCUUGGAUUAAUCCGUACUGUACGACCGCCCGCACGCCCGCAUUCAUUUCGUACGCGUAUGAAGACUGAAACCUAUUCUCUUUUCAUAUUAUUGCACACAAAGGCAAGGAGGGAAACAGUCUCUCGUACGCGUGACAUAUGCAUACGUACCUAGCCCGUACGGCAAGGCACAGUGCAGACGCGUUCACCUUUGUUGGUGUUGUGUGUGUUGUGUGUAUUUUCUGCCCAAUUGAAAUUCAUCGAGAGUCACAAUGAGUAAACGCAAAGCUCCACAAAAUGACAAUCCAAACAAAGAUCUGGUGGAUGUUCUCUCUGUUGUUCCAUAACAGAGUUGGCAAACUAUGAGAAGAAUGUAACCAGACAGAUGCAUAAGUACAAUGCCUACCGCAAAGCCGCGAGCACCAUCGCCAAAUACCCUGAAAAAAUCACCAGUGGCAAGGAAGCCAAGAAACUGGAUGGUGUUGGGGAGAAAAUUGCCAAAAAGAUUGAUGAGAUUCUAGCAACGGGCAAGCUGGAGAAACUGGAGAAGAUCCGAGCAGAUGACACAAACGUCGCCAUCAACCUGAUGACAAGAGUGACAGGAAUUGGCCCAGCUGCAGCGAGAAAACUGGUUGACGAUGGCAUCACAACAAUAGAAGAGCUGAGGAAACAUCAAGACAAGCUCAACCACCACCAGAAAAUUGGACUCAAGCAUUUUGAGGACUUUGAGAAGCGUAUCCCCCGCCCAGAGAUGGAGAAACUGGAAACGUUUAUCAAAGCCCAGGUAGAGGACCUAGAUCCGGACUACAUCGCAACGAUCUGCGGCAGCUACAGACGGGGAGCUGCAUCAAGUGGUGACAUUGAUAUCCUGCUAACACAUCCAGAAUAUACCUCUGCUGAUGAAAAACAGCCUGAACUGCUUCUCUCAGUUGUAAAGCAGUUGGAGAAAUCUUCCCUUGUAACUGACACCAUCUCACUUGGCGAAAGCAAAUUCAUGGGGGUGUGUCAGUUGCCAGCAGAGGAGGAGGAUGAGGAGGACCAUCUCUUCCGACGCAUCGAUAUCCGACUUAUUCCCAAGGACCAGUACUUCUGUGGCACGCUUUACUUCACCGGCAGUGAUAUGUUCAACAAAGAUAUGAGGGCCAAAGCUAUCGAAGCUGGUUUCACGCUCAAUGAAUAUACUAUCAGGCCCAUGGGCAGCACAGGUAUUGCUGGUGAGCCUCUACCAGUUAACAGCGAGAAGGAUGUGUUUGACGUCAUCGGCAUGGCAUACAAGAAGCCGUCGGAGCGUAACAUGUAGACAUGGGGAACCCAACUAACAGCCACUAUUGAUUGAAGCAGGGUGGUCAUUCAGUGCUUUAUCUAGAAUAAACACAGACUGACAUUUGUCUAGUCAGUGAUACAGUUAUUUUGACGUAUCUGGAAUAUUCAGUGAUGCAAACGUGAACUUCCAAGUAUAUAUGAGGAAUUCUCAACCCAUGAAUUGGAACUAUAACACAGGGGCGCAAGUUUUCUAGAGACGGUUUAGGUCAGCUGGAAAAGCAAGUUGUACACGUGGAUAUAUAUAAACAAUUGAGUUGUGUAAAAUUGGACCAUUUUAGUGCAAAUGAAACAUUCCACAGUGGAUUGAAAUUGCACUCUGUAAGUUGCCAAAUUUGAUUACCAAUAUGGUAAAUAUAAGUCAUGUUCAACCCAGUGGCCCGCCAGGCCCAUCUCUGCGAAGAGACCACUCUGGUGCUCUGUUUAAUAAGCAUUAGUGUUACAAAAACCUCAGUUUUUGGAGAGAAAAAAUGUUAUAAGUUGCCAUUUUUACAGGUCUUCAACCGUGUCUAAGUAGUUGCAAUAGAAUGUAGUUUCUGUUGUAUUUUGCCAGUUGGUAUUCAAUUCUCAAGUGGCCUUUUUGAACCAUGGGGGGACACAAUGGGAGGGCGCUAUUCGAAGUGGGUAAAUGUGGAGUAAACAAAAGAUUUACCCAAACAAAAUAGCACCCUCUUGUGUCCGCCAUAUCAGGUACCUCAUGUAGGCCGUUGCUGUUUGUGCUAGUCGUUGCCCUUUGUCAUUUUGGAACAAGGAGACUUCAAGGUAAAGUUUUAAACCGAAGCUUGUGAAUAUGAUGUUGGAAUAAAGGACAGGUCAGCAUUUUUCUAAGAGAAAUAAACAUCUGUAUUUUA